CUUCCUUGUUGCCAUGGUUUUGUCAACAUACACGAGGCACUUCGCAGCUUGUGAACAACGCAACUGGUUAACUAGUCUAAAAACUCAGAAGUAGAGAAACUUCUGGCCCGUUCGUGAAGGUUUUCAUGGACAACAUUGGUAAUAUUGUGUAACAUCCUAAAAUUACUUCACUGUUUACCUUUGUGUAGUUGUGUUGUGACAGCAAGACAGCUAUAGGCGAAGAAUUGGCGGCUAGCUGUAAUUUGUCAAGCGGAUAAAUGGAGUUCGGUUCCAAGCUCAAAGACCUAAAUAUGACGCCAGAUGAAAUAGGCCGCUUUACCAAAGCUUUUCAGAACGAGGAAUUUAGAGAAAUGCUGCACGAAUAUGCAGAAGAAAUAUCAAAGCCUGAGAGCAAGAAGAAAUAUGAGGAAGAUAUCAAGCGUUUAGAGCAAGAGAGAGGCAUGGACAUUCAGUUUAUCCACCCCAAACCUUACCGGGUCUUGAAGACGAGUGUGGACGGUAAGCAAAAGUGUUUCAUCAAUGUCUGCAGCAAUGACAUGAUUGGUAAACCUGAAUUCAGGAGUGUAAACGAGGAUGGCAGAGUUGGACAGAAUUGGUCACUGCCUCACAGUCUGACACCCGGGAGGCAAGACCGUGAUGCCAAGGGGAAUGAGUACACGAUCUACGAUGUCGUUUUCCACCCAGACACUCUUCACAUGGCUGGAAAACACAGCAGAUUCAUGGAAAUGGUUGACAGUGCUGCCGUUGAGGCAGUGGAGAAUGGAGGCAAAGUGAAGCUGGAUAGGAACAAUGUAAGAGUUUUGAAAACAAAAUACAAAGGGGCCCCGCACGCCGCUGUCAUGCGCAAGCCCAUACCUGGUCAACAUGCCAAAGAAAAACAAUCACCUCUUGAUCAUCUCUCAUUCCCGUACCCCGACGGGACACGAUCAGACACAGUAACAGAACAGGAGUCCCCUAAACCCAAGCCGGGGAAGAUUCAGUCCGACAUAAAUAUCAGCUUGAGACAACAGAACACCAGUUUGGCCAAGGAACCGACAAAACCGCAUUAUGCUCUAAAAUACCGAUCGUUCAUUGAUUUGCAGGACUUCAGGUGUUCCAGAGACUCAGCUCAGAGUCCACGCCCCAGAGAGGUUGUCAUCACCAUAGAUUUGCCUUUGCUCAGGUCUGCUAAGGACGCUGAUUUGGAUGUGACAGAAAAACGUGUUCUGUUACAGUCAACGAAACCAGCUUACAGGCUAGAUCUGCCGAUGGCAUACCCAGUAGAUGAGAACAAUGGAGAGGCGAAAUUCAACAAACAAACGAAACAGCUCAUUGUCACUUUGCCCGUUCUACCUUUGAAGGAGCCCACGCUUGACGGAGUGUCCGGCCAGCAGCUUUUCGUUCAUGGGGAAGAGGAGAUCCGUGAGAAUAGGGGUGACAGCUUAGAACAGUUGGAAGGCACAACACAUGUCCGAGAAGAUAUUGCGAACCACACCAGUUGCGGUGAAGAGGACAUCCUAGAAGAGUAUCACAGUGAAACAACAUCAUCUCUGCACUCUGAAAAUAAAGUCAUCACUCUCCUGGAAGAGAAAGAGUUAUCUGAACAUUCUGCUGAAGAGGACAGGCAAAACAAGCUGAGAAGGGUUGACCCACACCAAGCUGGCAUCUCAGAGUCCCGUGACGCAGGGUGCACUGACCAAACUGAGGGGCAGCCAGACAAUGAAACAAGUUUACAGGAGGUGGAAUCAUGCCUGAGGGAGAGAUUUGAUGCCAUAUCCAGUCUUGACAGCAGUGACCAGCCCACAGUUACUGAUAACGAGACUGAGGAGACUGUGCACGUGAGCGAGCAUGUUCGGCGUGCCCAGGCGCUACGGCAUGAUGAUGACGAGGACGACCGGCCGGGCGGGCAGAUCUCUCAGGACAGUGAUGGGACACCGCAGCCGUCUGUGCUGAGAGAAACCAACAGGGACGGAGAAGAGGUCGUAAUCCGUGAUCACACUACGUCUGCUGGUUUCACAUUUCAAAACCCUUUACUGUACGAGCUGGAUUGAGACUCGCGCCAGGAAGCAUGCGCCGUCGCCAAGACUACGCACAGAGAGUCCGUAAAUGAGUCAUGUAGCUUUUUGCAGUUUCAACAUGCUUGAGGUUUCUUUGAGAAACGUCAUUUUUAUUGGAUGGGGCGGGGGGAACUGGAUAAAACUAGAAGAUUUUGUUGUUUGCAUUUUAACUGGGAUCACAACUGUUACUUACAAUCCCAUUUAUUUCCAGUUUACAGUUACGUUACGGUAACUUCACCAUUUUAGCAUAAUUUGGUCAACUGUAAAAUACUGUAUUCGGUUAACGCCACACGGUUCAGGUUUGCUUGUAAUAUCAAACCUCCGUUAGUCACACAGCACAAUAAAUACAAAUGUUUUCA